UCAUUCUUUCUUCUACCAGUUGGACCGAAAGGCGAGCAGGAGGGACGGACGGACGGCUAAGAGUAAACGGAAAAACGGGCGAGGUUACGGGUAACUCACGCUCCCGACGCUGAUUUAAAAAAAACAAACUCGCGAGUUUACCUGUGCUCGCCGUUAUCCGCGCGAUCAAUCGCAUUUACGUUUCCUAACCCGCGCUGCUUUGGCAGCUCGGAAAAUAAAGAAUUAAAAAAAAAAAAAAACCUCAAGGAUGCGGAUUUAACGGUCAAAGAAGCGACUGGGAAUUUUUAAAACAAACCGCCUAUGCGACCUGGACGAGAGCUUUUCUCGUAGCAGAAUUUCGCUCGUGCCGUCUGCAGACGUUAACCGUAGCGCCUCCAUUGCCCGACGAGAACCGAGCCACGCCGACGGGUGGCCAUCGUGUUUCCAGCGACAACCAUGAGCACAAUCUCGCCGACGGACUUUGACAGCAUGGAGAUCCAACAGCAGUACAACGACAUCAACAACCGCUGGGAACUGGCGGCCGAGGCGGAGUGGGACAACGAGAACAGCUCUGCCCGGCUCUUCGAGCGCUCCCGUAUCAAAGCCCUCGCAGAUGAGAGAGAGGCGGUACAGAAGAAGACCUUCACUAAGUGGGUGAACUCCCACCUGGGCCGUGUGACCUGCCGUAUCGGGGAUCUGUACACAGACCUGCGCGAUGGACGCAUGCUGCUCCGCCUGCUGGAGGUGCUGUCUGGAGAACAGCUGCCCAAGCCCACUAAGGGCCGUAUGCGGAUCCACUGUCUGGAGAACGUGGACAAGGCCUUGCAGUUCCUCAAAGAGCAGAAGGUCCAUCUGGAGAACAUGGGAUCUCACGACAUCGUCGACGGCAACCACCGCCUCACGCUCGGCCUCAUCUGGACCAUCAUCCUGCGCUUCCAGAUCCAGGACAUCAGCGUGGAGACGGAGGACAAUAAGGAGAAGAAAUCGGCCAAAGACGCUCUGCUGCUGUGGUGCCAGAUGAAGACGGCCGGGUACCCGAAUGUCAACGUGCACAAUUUCACCACCAGCUGGAGAGAUGGCCUGGCGUUCAGUGCCAUUGUGCACAAACACAGGCCGGACCUCAUCGAGUUUGAGUCUCUCAAGCGCUCCAAUGCUCACUAUAACCUGCAGAAUGCCUUUAAUGUAGCAGAGAAAGAGCUGGGGCUCACCAAACUACUGGACCCUGAGGAUGUAAAUGUAGAUCAGCCAGAUGAGAAGUCCAUCAUCACGUAUGUGGCUACAUAUUACCACUACUUCAGCAAGAUGAAGGCUCUCGCCGUGGAGGGCAAGCGAAUUGGCAAGGUGCUGGACUACGCUAUCGAGGCUGACCAGCUGAUAGAGAAGUAUGAGACGCUGGCGUCAGAGCUGCUCCAGUGGAUCGAGCAGACCAUUGUUAUCCUCAAUGAUCGGCAGCUGGCCAACUCACUGAGUGCAGUGCAGAACCAGCUCCAGGCCUUCAACACCUACCGCACCGUGGAGAAACCACCCAAGUUCACAGAGAAGGGUAAUUUAGAGGUUCUUCUGUUCACUAUCCAGAGUAAAAUGAGAGCAAACAACCAGAAGGUGUACAUGCCUCGAGAGGGCAAGCUCAUUUCUGACAUCAACAAGGCGUGGGAGCGUCUGGAGAAGGCGGAGCACGAGCGAGAACUGGCCCUGCGCAACGAGCUGAUUCGCCAGGAGAAGCUGGAGAUGCUGGCGGCGCGCUUCGACCGCAAGGCCGCCAUGAGGGAAACCUGGCUGAGCGAGAACCAGCGACUGGUGUCCCAGGACAACUUUGGCUUCGACCUGGGCGCGGUGGAGGCGGCCACGCGCAAGCACGAGGCCAUCGAGACGGACAUCGGUGCGUACGGCGAGCGCGUGGCUGCUGUGGAGGCCGUGGCACGCGAGCUGGAGGCGGAGGGAUACCACGAGGUGCGGCGCGUGCUGGCACGGCGGGACAACGUCCUGCGGUUGUGGGAGUACCUGCGGGAGCUGCUGGCCGCGCGCAGGGAGAGACUCGCCGCACAACGGAACCUGCAGCGCCUCCUGCAGGAGAUGAGCCACAUCAUGGACUGGAUGGCAGACAUGAAAGGUCGCCUGCAGUCUCAGGACAGUGGGAAACACCUCCAUGACGUGGACGACCUGCUGCAGAAACACACGCUGGUGGAGGCAGACAUCUUUCCACAGGCUGAGAGAGUACGGGCAGUGCAGGCAACUGCCACGCCCUUCACCUCCGAGGAGAUGAGCUAUAAGCCGUGCGACCCGGCCCUGGUGGAGGAGAAGGUGCAGCUCCUCGGCCAGGCGUACGAUGAGCUGGUGCGUCUGGCCUCGGAACGCCGCACCCGGCUGGAGGACUCCCGCCGCCUGUGGCAGUUUUUGUGGGAGCUGGGCGAGGAGGCGGCGUGGAUGCGCGAGCAGGAGCAGAUCCUGGCUGGAGGAGACUGCGGCCGCGAGCUCUCCUCCGCCCUGCGCCUCCUCUCCAAGCAUGAGGCCUUCCGUCACGAGAUGGCCGCCCGCUAUGGGCCCCUGGACGCCAGCAUCGGCGCUGGGGAGGAGAUGGUCCGCCAGGGCCACUACGGGGCCCCGGAGAUCACCGAGAGGAUCAAAGAUAUCCGAGCGCAGUGGGCCCACCUGGAGGAGACAUCUCGGCUGCGAGAGCAGCGUCUGAAGGAGUCUGUAGCUCUCUAUCAGUUCCAGACGGAUGCCAGCGACAUGGAGGCCUGGACUCUGGAGACCCUCAGACAGGUGUCCAGUCAGGAAGUCGGCCACGAUGAGUUCUCCACUCAGACAUUGGCACGGAAACAGAGGGAGGUGGAGGAGGAGAUACAGAGUCAUCGAUCUCUCAUUGACUCCCUGCACGAGCAGGCGGAGUUAUUGCCGCCAGCUUACGCCCACUCUCCAGAGAUGGAAGGACGUCUCCCAGCGAUUGAUCAGCGCUAUCAAGAGCUGGACGCUCUGUCGUGCGGGCGGCAGCAGGCCCUGGAGGGGGCGCUAGCGCUCUACCGCAUGUUCAGCGAGGCAGGAGCCUGCCAGCUGUGGAUAGACGAGAAGGAACAGUGGUUACACAGCAUGGAGAUCCCCUCCAAACUGGAGGACCUGGAGGUGGUCCAGCAGAGGUUUGAGACUCUGGAACCAGAGAUGAAUAACCUGGGCUCUCGCAUCACUGAUGUCAACCAAGUAGGCGAACAGCUGCUGAAGUCAGACAGCCGCAGCACAGAGCAGAUUAACCAGACCCUAGACCAGCUCAACAACAGGUGGCGGGACUUCCAGAAGCUGGCUGGCCAGAGGAAGCAGGCUCUGGACUCUGCUCUGAACAUCCAGAACUACCACCUGGAGUGUAAUGAGAUCCAGAGCUGGAUGAAGGAGAAGACCAAGGUCAUCGAGUCCACGCAGAGUCUGGGCAACGACCUGGCGGGGGUGAUGGCCCUGCAGCGCAAGCUCACAGGCAUGGAGAGAGACCUGGAGGCCAUACAGGGAAAGCUGGAUGGCUUGCGCUCAGAGGCAGAGAAGCUGGCACUGGAGCACCCGGAGCAGGCGGGCGAGAUCCGGGCACGCGUGGCUGAGAUCCAGGAGGUGUGGGAGGAGCUGCGCUCCACCAUGAAGCGGCGGGAGGAGUCCCUGGGUGAGGCGUCCAAGCUGCAGGGCUUCCUGCGCGACCUGGACGACUUCCAGGCAUGGCUGUCACGCACGCAGACGGCCGUGGCCUCCGAGGACACGCCGACCUCGCUGGCGGAGGCGGAGAAACUGCUGGGCCAGCACGAGGCCAUCAAGAACGAGGUGGACAACUACCGCGAGGACUACGAGAAGAUGAGGGCUACCGGAGCCGAGGUGACCCAGGGCCAGACGGACGCCCAGUACAUGUUCCUGGCCCAGCGCCUGCAGGCUCUGGACACAGGCUGGCAUGAGUUGCGGCGCAUGUGGGAGAGCAGGCAGUGUGUGCUGGCCCAGGCCUUCGACCUGCAGACCUUCCUCCGCGACGCCAAGCAGGCCGAGGGCUUCCUCAACAGCCAGGAGUACGUGUUGUCACACACAGAGAUGCCCUCCAGUCUGCAGGGGGCGCUAGAGGCCAUAAAGAAGCACGAGGACUUCCUCACCACCAUGGAGGCCAGCGAGGAAAAGAUCAACAGCGUGGUAGAGUCUGGGCGACGCCUCGUAUCCGACGGCAACGCGAACGGCGACAAGAUCCAGGAGAAAGCAGACUCCAUCCAGGAAAGACACCAGAAGAACAAGCAGGCAGCCAAUGAGCUGCUGGCCAAGCUGAAAGACAACAGAGAACUCCAGCACUUCCUGCAGGACGGACAGGAGUUGACUCUGUGGAUUAAUGAGAAGUUGUUGACAGCCCAGGACAUGUCAUAUGACGAGGCACGCAACCUCCACAGCAAGUGGCAGAAACACCAGGCCUUUAUGGCUGAGCUGGCCUCCAACAAGGACUGGCUGGACAAAAUUGAUAAGGAGGGCCAGUCGCUGGCGACGGAGAAGCCCGAGCUGGAGGCGACGGUGCGGGAGACGCAGCACGCCCUGCACCAGCGCUGGGAGGAGCUAGAGGGCAGCACGCAGACCAAGGCGCAGUGCCUGUUUGAGGCCAACCGCGCCGAGCUCUUCACGCAGAGCUGCUCGGCGCUGGACGCCUGGCUGCAGAGCAUCUCCGCGCAGCUGCAGAGCGACGACUUCGGCAAGGACCUCACCAGCGUCAACAUCCUGCUGAAGAAGCACCAGAUACUGGAGCACCAGAUGGAGGUGCGUGAAAAGGAGGUGCAGUCCCUGCAGGCGCAGGCACAGGCACUUGCCCAGGAGGAGGCUGGCGUGGUGGAAGUGGACAGCCAGCAGAGCAGGGUGGUGUCCCGCUUCACCCAGCUGACUGAACCCCUCGAGCAGCGCCGCCAGCAGCUGCUCUCAUCCAAAGAGGCGCACCAGUUCAACCGUGACCUGGAGGACGAGAUACUGUGGGUGAAGGAGCGGAUGCCCUUGGCCACCUCCACAGAUCAUGGCAAAGACCUGCCCAGUGUACAGCUUCUCAUCAAGAAGAACCAGACCCUUCAGAAGGAGAUCCAGGGCCACCAGCCGCGCAUCGAUGACAUUCGCGCCCACGGCCAAAGCAUGUCGCCGGGGCGCGAGGCGGAGGAAGACAGCCGCUUGGCCGAGCUGGGUGAGCUGUGGGAGCGGCUCAUCUCAGAGGCGGAGUCACGGCAUGGCCGGCUGUCCGACGCCCACCGCGCCCAGCAGUUCUACGCAGAUGCCGCUGAGGCCGAGGCCUGGAUGGGAGAACAGGAGCUGCACAUGAUGUCUGAGGAGAAGGCCAAGGAUGAGCAGAGCGCCAUGGUGAUGGUGAAGAAGCACCAGAUUCUGGAGCAGGCGUUGGAGGACUACGCCCAGACCAUCCACCAGCUGGCCAACAGCAGCAGACUCAUGGUGACCAGCGAACAUCCUGAAAGUGAGCGCAUUACCCUGCGGCAGGCCCAGGUGGACAAGCUGUACGCGGGGUUGAAGGACCUGGCAGAGGAGAGGCGGGGCCGUCUGCAGGAGAGGCUUCGCCUCACACAGCUGAAGAGGGAGGUGGACGACCUGGAGCAGUGGAUCGCCGAGAGGGAGGUGGUGGCCGGCUCCCAUGAGCUGGGCCAGGACUACGAGCACGUGACUAUGCUGCGGGACAAGUUCCGCGAGUUUGCACGGGACACCAGCGCGAUCGGCCAGGAGCGCGUGGAUGGCGUGAACGCGCAGGCGGACGAGCUGAUCGAGUCUGGACACCCGGAGAACGCCAGCGUGGCCGAGUGGAAGGACGGCCUCAACGAGGCCUGGGCCGACCUGCUGGAGCUGAUGGACACACGCACGCAGAUGCUGGCCGCCUCCUACGAGCUGCACCGCUUCCACCAGGACGCGCGCGAGGCCCUGGGCCGCGUGCGGGAGAAGCGGCAGGCCCUGGCUGGCGCCGAGCUGGGCCGCGACCUCAACGCUGUGCAGCACCUGCAUCGCCAGCACACGGCCUACGAGCAUGACGUGCAGGCUCUCAGCGGGCAGGUGACGCAGGUUCAGGAUGAUGCGGCACGCCUGCAGAAAGCAUACGCCGGUGAGAAGGCCGAGGACAUCCAUCGUCAUGAGCGCGCCGUCACCGAGGCCUGGGAGGGGCUUCUGGCCGCCACUCAAGAUCGGCGCUUGCUCCUAUUGGACACGGUAGAGAAGUUCCGCUUCUUCAGCAUGGUCCGAGACCUCAUGCUGUGGAUGGAUGGAAUCAGCUUGCAGAUACAGUCACAUGAUAGCCCCAGAGACGUGUCAUCUGCUGGGUUGGUCAUUGCCAAUCAUCAGGACAUUAAGGCAGAGAUUGAGGCCAGAGCAGGCAGCUUCACCACCUGUACGGACCUGGGACACACACUCCUGAACAAUAACCACUAUGCCUCUGACGAGAUCCGGGAGAAGCUUGAGCAGCUCCAGGCCAAGAGAGACGAAAUCAACCAGAAAUGGCAGGAAAAAAUGGACCACCUGCAGAUUGUUCUGGAGGUGUUGCAGUUCGGCAGGGAUGCGUGCGUGGCUGAGUCGUGGUUGGUGGGGCAGGAGCCACUGGUGCGUGCGGCUGAGUUCGGCGCCAAUGUGGACGAGGUGGAGAGUCUCAUCAAACGGCACGAGGCCUUCGAGAAGCUCGCGCAAGCCUGGGAGGAACGCUUCACCCAGCUGGAGAAGCUCACCACGCUGGAGGAGCAGGAGAUUCAGAGAAGAAAGGAAGAGCAAGAGAGAGCACAGAGACCACCCACACCACCCCCGGUGGAAGAGGUGGUACAGUCCGAUGUGGAACAUGAGUCAGCAGCCAGGACAAGUCUGGACCAGACCACGCUGAACCAGUCAGUGUCUGUCAAUGGAGUUCACAGUGACCAGGACACCUCACAGUCCUUAUCGGUCUCAGUAUCUGAACUGCAGAAUCUGGAACCUAAAGCGCUUUCUAAACCGGAGCCUAAACCUGUUUGUAAGCCUGUGCCAAAGUCCAGCACGGCACAGCCGCGUGGAUCGGAGUCGGAGUCUGUGAACGGGCCGGGCCGGGACAGCGGGCUGGACACGGCGUCGCGGCACGAGGCCUCAUCGACUCUGCCGGGUCGGGUCGAGGCGUCUGCGGAGACCAUGGAGGGCCUGUUGUGUAGGAAACAGGAGAUGGAGAUCCAGGGCAAGAAAGCAGCUAACAGGUCAUGGCAGAACGUGUACUGUGUGUUGCGGAAGGGCAGUAUGGGCUUCUAUAAGGACAGUAAGAGUGCCUCCAGCGGGAUCCCCUACCACGGGGAGGUUCCCAUCAGCCUCGGCGAGGCCGCCUGCGAGGUCGCCCAUGACUACAAGAAGAGGAAACACGUGUUUAAGCUGAGGUUAGGAGACGGAAAAGAGUUCCUGUUCCAAGCCAAGGACGAGCCUGAGAUGAGUCUGUGGAUUCGCGCUAUCCACUCCUCCAUGCCAUCGGGGGGCACCGGCGAGCUCUCGCCGGGUGGCCAGCGGGGCCUGAGCCGGGCGAUGACCAUGCCACCCAUCUCGCCCGGCUCCGGCGAGGCCGGUGGAGUCACCAUGCGCAAUAAAGAUGGCAAAGAGAGGGACCGCGAGAAGCGCUUCAGCUUCUUCAAGAAGAAAUAGGCAGGGAAGUGGGCGGAGCCAAACCAUCACCACGCAACACUCAAACCGUGGACUGGCGCUGUCCAGGAACUCGGCAGAGGACAGCGCCCUCUACUGUUACAUAGCGCUACGUGUUUUCCUUUAUCGUCCUCUCUCGCUCUCAACACUGUCACGCGGCAAAAUGUCUCUGUUAAAAUGCGCCUUCUAGCCCUGCCGACACCUCCAGCCAAUGAGGAGCAGGUUUGUUAAUCAGUCUUCAGUGAGACUCAUGUUGACUGGACAGUACUCCUAAACAAAGCAAAUUGACACAGGAAGUAAAAUAAUGGAAUUUGCCAAUUAACGAUGCCCAACUCCCCGCUUUUGGUUGUAGUGUGAAGAGCCGCGGGCACCAGCCCACGUUAGUCUGGUCCUUCGUGGGGUUUCUUUUGAAUUAUUUUUGUUGGAAGGACCAGACUCAGUUGUUUUUUGUUUUGAUUUGUUUAAAAAAAAUUUUUUUGUUUGUUUUUUUUCUAUAUUCAUGUUACCAGUAAUAUAUCUGUUGUUAUUAUUUAUCUAAAUUGAUGUUGCUGUUUUUGAGGAUUUCAAAUAAUAUUUAAAGAAAGUAUAAGUAUAACUAGCUUUAAGUCCUUUUUGUGGGGGGAGGGGGGUGUUGAACCAAGCCGGAACAGAAUCGGUCCUGACCACUCGGCUACGUUUCGGACCGCGUCUAGAACCAUGAGUUGAGCUCGUUCGUGAGGUUUUAUUGAAAAAUUCAAGUUUUUUUUUUAAGAAUACUUACCUAUUAGAAAUCAUUUUGAAGUGUGCAGGGAAUAGCUGAAGCCAAGUACUCAGACCAGAAUUAAAUUGUUUCAUUUUUUUCAUCCUCAAGAAAAGGGAUUUUUAGAUUUUGAAUUCUCUUUUGUUCUGGUCAUUUUGUUUCACACCAGGAGAUGACAGGUGGGUGAUUAGCUUGGAUUUGAGGUGUUUUGGCAUAGAUUAGACUUUGGUUUCAUUGGCAACACUUUGAGGAGUCCUGUUUCCUGACUAAACACACACGCACGCACGCGCGAGCGCUCUCGUAUAUAGACACACAGUUGUGUGGAGAGAUGAUGUUCUUCUUUCAUUGGUUUGGUUGUGAAUAGGUAGUUGAUUGUGGUGACAUUGCUUUUCAGGUUUCCACCCCACUUAUCCUCAGGCAACAAUUUCACCAGUUACGCACGCACGCACACACGCGCACACACACAGACGGACACACACACACACACACACAGACACACACCCUAGGCCACUAUGGUAAAGGCCAAACCGGGUUUUCCAGGUGUGCGUGUGUGAGAAUCUAAAGUGCUGUUCUUUAUUUCCUAAUAAGGACCAAACCUGUAGACCACAGCUAUUCCCGUUCCCAACACCCUCCAGGAAGCAGUCAGCACUUAGAACAAGGACCCACCUACAUGGGAACCAAAAGAGGUGUGGCUUCUGCAACCUCCUUCUUAUCAGGAAGUAACCUGGAGAUUUUUGAAGAUAUUUUUGCAUUCGUACGCAGGCCUGUCGUGUUGGUUCCACAUUUAUCCAGUGUAGCAUGAAAACGGUAUUUUUGUAGGCAGAAGUUGGGACCUUGGCCUGGCGAUUGUCCGUGUGCUUGCGUGACUGUGAUGUUCAGUUCAGAAGGUGACCAUAACUGCCCGUGUGCUCUUUUCGACAUUUAUACAAUGAAGCCCCUUCCUCAGGGGGGAGUGGAGUAUCAAACUUCAUUUCAUUUGUGAGAUCCCACUUCCUGGGUAGAUCUUUAAGUGAAAUUUGCCCCAUCAAGAUGAACUGAACUGAAAGAUUAUAGAAAUGAUUGUCAUUUACAUUGGAUAUCUUUGUUUCUUAGCAGCCUUUGGGGCACAUUCAUCUUUAUGUUGGUAAAACUCGAUGCUUUGUAGGUUUUGAGUGUGUGUGUGGGUGGGGGGGAUGUUUGGUGCUUAGAACUCUCUACCAAAUUGCACAAAUGAAUAUUCAUGCACCUGAGUGACUGACUGGUCCAGCUCCAGACAAAGGCAUGGAAGGGCACGGCCGAAGGGCACGGCCUAUCAGCUUCCUGCAGGUUUCCGUGACUCACUGUUAUUGGCUGAUGUCCGUCCAGGCAUCUAGUGGUCCACUAAGCCCAACCCACUGCAAAUUAUACUAGUAACUAUGUUAAAAGAAACUCUGACAGAAGCUCCGCCCUCACCUUUUUCCUCCAAGUAAAAUCUAAACUAUAAAUGUGACUUGGAACCCGGCCUGGUUAAUGUUUAGACACAAAGACCAACCUGAAUUUUCCCACGAAGACUACAGCCUUUGCCUGUCAACUCCGAAUGUAGAACUCAGCUGGGUUUAGACACAAUUUGGCAACACACCAUUUCUUUAGCUUUGUUUCUCUCUCUCUCUCUCGCUCUCUCUCUCUGUCUGUGUGAGAGGCUCUUAUGUGCUCUAGAAAAAUAUGUUUGUGUGUAUGUGGGGGGGGGGGGGUGAGUGCAUGCUCACUGUGUGUGCGCUGUCAUUUUAAACAACAGGUCACACCCACAUCCGAGGGACUUUAAUUACCAAGGGAAGACACAAACCCCCUAAUUCUAUUCUUAGUUCAGUCUAGAUUCAGACUAUCCAGUUUUGACCAAAAAGGUAAGAUUAUUUUUUAGACAAAAUGCUGUUGUUUUUCUCUUCCACAACCGCUGACAAGUUAUGCAGUAUUUGAACAGGUGCGAAAAAGCACCCUGCCCUGCCCCCAACACUUAAAAUGUCCUUUAACAACUAUGCCUAUACCCCAUUCUGCUAUGACUUAGAAUCAGAUUGAGUUAAUACCACUACAAUCAUAUGUUGUUGUUAUUAUUAUUAUUAUUAUUAUUAUUAUUAUGGCAAAACUCUUAUGAUGACUUACUGUUGCUACUGUUAUUACUACUACUACCAAUACGUCUGCAGCUCCUGUGUUGCUGCAAUCUAUUCCCGCUGUUGAGUUUCAGGUUCUCUUGUCUGUAAUACCAGGCCUGCCUCAAGGGGGCGACAGUGUGCCGUGGAGCUUUUUUCCAUUAAUAAUCUUUAAAAAAAAAAAAAAAGAAAA